CACACUCACAGCCUUAGUCUCAGUUUCCACCAAAACACAGAGCAUUUCCUGUGCCUUUUCCGUUAUUUCACAAGCUGCUUCUUAGUCUCCCUCUGAGCUCCAGGACAGACAGCUGUUUCUCCCCUCAAAAGCCAGACAGUUGCCUCCAGCCUCUCCUGGUCAACGCCAUGGCCAAGACCCGUAGUGACCAUCUGCUGUACUCCCUGGAAGAGCUGGUGCCCUAUGACUUCGAGAAGUUCAAGUUCAAGCUGCAGAACACCAGCCUGGAGAAGGAGCACUCCCGGAUUCCCCGGGGCCAACUCCAGACAGCCAAGCCAGUGAAGCUGGCCACUCUGCUGGUCACCCACUACGGGGAGGAGGACGCUGUGUGGCUGACCCUGCAGGUCCUGAGGGCCAUCAACCAGCACCUUCUGGCAGAGGAGCUCAACAGGGCAAUUGGCCCAGGGUGUCAGGUAAAAGAAAGUGACACAGACAGUUCAGCAAUGUCUGGUUCCUCUGGGGAGAAUAAGCCCAAGAGUCUGAAGAUACCAGAUGGCCUGGAAGGUGACAAGCAGCGACAAAGUGGUGAUGGGGCUGGCUGCCCACCAUCCAUCCAGCCCGAGGCUGGAAGGGGGACCCAGAAGAAGCCUCUGGGCAAACGGAGAGAUCAGAAAGCCUCUGAGGGCCUGGAUGUGCAGGGCAAGCCAGGGGCCAGGAACACAACUCUGUCUUCCAAGAGAAGCCCCUUUCCCAGCAAGCCACAGGAGGAGAAGGGGAGCAAUGUGGGGGUCAGGCUGCGCAGGAACGCCAGCUCUGCAGGAAGGCUCCAAGGACUUUCCAGUGGGUCGUUUGCUGGGUCCCUGGGAAGGAGAGAAUUUAAGAUAUCUGAAGCAUAUUUACCUUCAGGAAAGAAGCGACCCAAAAGUCUUGAAUUUACCAUUUCUCCAGGAGAGACAGGACCUCUCAACCCAGAAACUCUUCUGCUUCAAGAGAAAAUGAGAAGUGAGAAUCCAGGCUCAGCAGCCACUCUGAACACAGGGGCUACUGUGGCUGCAGAGAAAGGCUCCAGGAAUCCAGAACACGCCAUGACAGGGAGGCUGCAGGACAAGGCUACGUGUCCCCUUUGCCGUGCCCAGGAAGGAGACCCGGUUGGUGGCAGCUGCGUGCAUGUUUCCUGCAGCUGCUCCGUUGCUUCUAGGGAUCCUGAGGCCUCACGCGGCCACUCAUCCAGCUGCCCUCGGUGCCAGGACUUGCUCCUGGGGAAGAGCCAUGGAAGCCUUGAGUGGCAGGAGGGCCUGCAGAUGGCCAGCCGGAGCCCCAAGUCCCUGCCACAGUGUGAGCGUCACAUGAAGCAGGUCCAGCUGCUCUUCUGCGAGGACCAUGGGGAACCCAUCUGCCUCAUCUGUGGGCUGAGUCAGGAGCACCGAGGCCACCGGGUUCGCCCCAUCGAGGAGGCCGCCCUGGAAUACAAGGAACAAAUUCAGAAGCAGCUGGAGCAUCUGAAGGAGUUGAGAAAAUCUGGAGAGGAGCAGAGAUCUCAGGGGGAUAAGAAGACAGCAAACUCCCUGAAACAAGCUGAAACCCAGAAGCAGAGAAUCCAGUACCAGUUGGAGCAGUUAUGCCAGUUUUUAGAGCAGCAAGAGCAGCUCUUUGUGGCCUGUCUGGAGGAGCUGGGCCAGACCAUUGGCCAAGUCAGGGAGACAUAUGGCACCCGGGUGACAAGGGACAUCGCCCUUCUCGACAAGCUGAUUGGGGAGCUGGAGGCCAAGCAGUGCCAGCCGGAAUGGGAGCUUAUGAAGGACAUCGGAGUCACCCUGCACAGGGCCAAGAAGGUGACUGUCCCUGAGCUGUGGGCCACACCUCCAGAGGUGAAAGAAAAGAUCCACCUGCUCUACCAGAAAUCAGAGUUUGUGGAGAAGCGCAUGAGGCACUUCUUGGAAACCCUGCGUUCAGAAAUGGAAACGUUCAACGUUCCAGAACUGACUGGUGGUCAGGCACCCUGAGUUAAUGUGAUUCUGGAAGCAGAAGCUGCCCACCCCAACCUCAUCUUUAUCUUCUCUGAUGACUUGAAGAGUGUGAGACUUGGAAAAAAGUGGGACCGUCUACCUGCUAGUCCAGAAAGAUUCUAUAGCUGAAUCAUUGCCCUGGGCUCUCUGAGUUUGCUCUCUAGCUGCCAUUACUGAGAAGGGAAGGUGGGAGACAAGACAGGGUGGGUCCUGGGUGUCUGCAAGGCAGCCACAAGCAGCAAGGAGAAUAUGGCUCUCUCACCAGAGAAUGGUUAUUGGGUAGAAAUGAUGAUGAAUUAAAAUGAGUGCCAGGCGUCCAGCUUUCCCUCCACCCAGAUGAGGGAGCCCCCCAGGCAUGUGGGCAUCUUCCUGAACUACAAGACUGGGGACAUUUCCUUUUACACUGUGACAGCCAAAUCCCACACCUCAACAUCCACUGGCUUCUUUUCCUCUGAGGCCCUUCAACCUAUCUUCAGCCCCAGGACACAUGAUGGAGAGAACAUGGAUCCUCUGAAUAUCCAUCCAGUGGGUGGCCAGGGGCCUCACUGAAUAUCCAACACUUUGCAUCUUU